UUGAAUUCUGUGCAGUACUGCGUUUUUAUUUAUAUUACUACAGAGAAAAACCAAACUUUGAUGGGCUAGAUUUAGAACCCAGCACCACGUAUGACAGAUUAUAGACGUAGUGGGGUUAUCAAACAUCUUAUGUCUGCUUUAGACCUCAAGUACGAACCUUGGCAAGACAUACUUGGAUUUCCUUCCUUAUUUUUUAAAAGGAAGCUAAAGCUUCGCUAUGAUACUGCACAAUCUUGUCUUGGUAUGUGUGUGGGCAUGAAAGUCAUUGUAUCUUCUCUUCGGAACAUAGUUAUACAAUAUCCUACACAAAUGUGUGGUCUUUGUUAUUAUUUCCUCUUGAUACUGAUCCAAGCUUCCUCUGCUACCGAAGUCACUGGUCUCAUUGGGCACAAUGUCACUCUGCCCUGCAUGUACAAUGCCCAAGUGCACGGAGCUGUGCAUUUCAGGCAGUCCCCUAGGCACCAGCUGUUGGGCCGGGUGAAAGAUGGAGAUCUUUCCCUGACCAUCCUGAAUGCUCAGCGGAGCGAUGCUGGUGAUUACGGCUGCAGGGUUGAGAUUCUUGGGUGGUUUAAUGAUCACAAAGUCAACAUACACCUGAUAAUGGAUGAAGCUCCAGUUAAACAACCUGUUACAGAGAGUUACACACUCCCGUUUACGGAGACAAGUGAAAUACUUACAACAUUUCAGCCUAAAACUGGGGAAGUGAGUGACAUGAUAAAGGAGAGGGUUCGAAGUGCACCAAGUGAGGACAUACUCCAAGUCCCCCUGGGAGUGGAGGAUCUUGGCAGGAUAGCAGCAAUUUUCUUCUUCACUCUGAUCAUAAUUGUCAUCUUUAUCAUUUGGAGGAGGGUUCUGUCCAACAAAAUGCCUCAAAACCUCGGCAGCAUCACGCCUGAGAACGUGAAGCACUUCCACUGGUCCACCAACGUGAGUUGUGAAAUGAGUAUUUUAAACAGCAGACGUAGUGCUUUAGCCAGCAGUCUUCUCUUUUGUCUACUACAAGGUUUCGCGUCUGGGAACCAUGUAAUAGCCACAGUGGGAGCAGACGUAACUUUAAGAUGCAACUAUGACGCUAAAUCCUACGGCAGGCUGUCUGUGUGCUGGGGCCGAGGGGCAAUACCCAACAGUGGCUGUGCCAGUGAGGUGAUGAGGACCGAUGGGACAUCGGUGGUCAGCAGGUUGUCAGAGCGUUAUCUGCUUUUGGGAAAUCUUGGAGAGGGUGAUGUGUCACUAACCAUCAAGCAGGUUCAGGAAAAGGACAGUGGCGUGUACGGCUGUCGUGUUGACAUACCGGGCUGGUUCAAUGAUCAGAAACACGAGAUGACUCUGACUGUAAACGCAGGGAGCCCCUAUCCCCUGAGUGUACAGACAACAGAAGUGACCCAAAGGACUGUUACUGUUAGCUGGACUCCUUCCUUUGAUGGAGGCAGGCCCAUUACAGACUUCAUAAUCCUUCUGAAAAACAAACAUGAAUCCUGGGAUUCAGCCCUAAGAACUGAACUAUCACAACCUCAGCUGACUCAGGUGACUUUGAUGGACUUGCGUCCAGCCACGGCCUACAACAUUAAAAUGUUUGCUCUCAACAGUGUGGGAAUUAGCGGAGGCAGUAACGUUCUGACCCUCAAUACAAAAGAAGCAGCCCCAGACGGCCCCCCACUGGAUAUGACGCUUGAGGCCAUCAGUUCUCGCAGUAUCAAAGUAACUUGGAAGCCUCCAAAGCCAGAUCUCAGAAAUGGAGUUAUUAAGAGUUACAUAGUAGAUUACAAAGAGUACAAGUCAGGGGGUGACCUGAGUAAACAGUGGAUGCGCCUCACUGUGACCGCCACUCGGCAGCUUGAGAGCGCCAUCCUUAAAAACUUGAAGCCUUCCACCAAGUACGCCGUGCUCAUAAAAGCAACAACAAAUGCCGGAGUGUCACCUGCCUCAACCGCACCCCUCUGCUCCACUCUGGAUGAGGUUCAAGAAACGACAACGUCUUCUUCCAUCGCUGCUACAGUUUGGAUACAAGAGACUAGUGUCACAUCAGUUCUCCCAGCUACAGCUGAGACCACGUCGUCUGCAUCUAUAGUCUGGGAAAUGACCACCACAAGUUACACAUCAGUGCCCCCUGAUCCACCAGUGCUUAAGCUGAAGGAGGUGAAAGACAACAUCAUUUCUUUUUCCUGGACACCUGGAUUUGAAGGAGAAAGCUCCAUCACAAGCUACCUCUUGGAAUAUAAAGCAGCCAAUGCUUCAUGGGAUUAUACAACGAAUGUGGUAGACUACAGCCCCAGCCAGAGAGAGGCCACAAUAGUCGAAAUGAAUCCUUCCACCUACAACAUGCGCAUGUUUGCAAAGAACUAUGGGGGCAGCAGCACUGCCAGCAAUGUCCUCACAGUCACCACAGGAGAAGCAGGUCAUUCCAGGGACAGACUCAUUCCCACUAUAUCAGAUGGUACUCCGGCUACUAUGGUCGCUGAGGACAGUCUGGGAACAAACUUAGCAGCUGUCAUUGUGCCGGUGGUGCUGGUGGUUCUGAUCGGUGUAGCUGUAACCGCCUGGCAGAUUAAACGUAUGAAACAGAAAAGAGGCAGUCUGAUCAUGUGGCUGACCAAUGGAACCAUACUUUACAAAGGCUCUGAGACGCUGGAAGAAUUGUAAAACUGAGGUAUUCUGCAUCAAUCCAGAAAGAAUGACAAAAAGCAGUUGUUCCAAAACCAAAAAGUCAAAGUUUGUUUGUUCUUGUUUUUUCUAAUGUAAAGUGUUGCGUGUAAAUUUUCCACUUCUGGAAAGGAGCUGAGAAUGCUUUGUCAGAGUGAUACAUGUAUCACUCUAACAGUGCAAUUUGUGUCAGAUGUUGCCUCAAAUGACAUAAAUAAGCAAACUUGUUGGUUUGUUACUUAAAUAUGUGUAGUUAUGUGUAGUUAAUCAUUGUAAAUCAGUGUUUCUCAACCUAUUUGACUCACAUUUUAAAUGAUUUUAAGUCAGUAGAAAAUUAAGUCCAACUAUUGGAACUGAUCUAUAAAAUUCAAACAUAUGUUUCUAUUAAUUAACAAAUAAAAU